UUAAAUCUGGAACCCGAUCCUCCAUCUUGCGUAGUUGUGAUACUUUUGGCGCGAGGACAAGAUGGAGAACACGCUUUUCGAGAAUGCUAAGAAGCUUUACGAUCACAAACUCUACGAGUCCGUGAUUCCAGUGGCCAAAUUCCUAAGGACGGCGAUGAAGAAUGAUCGCAAUGUAGCCACUCUGGAGAUGGAGUACCAGGUGCAGCUGUACCUCAGCAUAUCCGAGUACAAAGUACGCCAAUUUCGAGCCUCGCUGCGACACUUGGAGAACCUGAUCCACCAGCGAAAAUUGAUGGUGCGCCACAAAAACGCCUGUUUGUUGGCCAUCGAGAGCGCCUAUCCGGAGUUUGGGGACAUCGAGGUGCGUCGCCGAGGGGCCGAGUGUUAUCGUGAAAUCGGAAACCCCAAAAUGGCCACAGACACCUUGCUGCAGAUUCCGGUCAAGUUGCGUACGCCGAGGGUCAACCUGAUGCUGGCCAGACUGCAGCAUCCAGGCAAUGGCAAUGGAUCGGGGUGCGCCAACAAGGCGGAAGCCCUGUUUGCCUACAAAGAGGUCGUCCGCGAGUGUCCGAUGGCCCUCCAGGAGAUCGAGGCGCUUCUCGAGCUGAAAGUUGAUGGCAACGAGGUCAACUCGCUGGUGCUGCACGCUGCCACGGUGCCCGGCAACUUCGACUGGCUGGGCACGUGGAUUCAGGGCCUGGCGCAGAUGUUUGACUGCAAGCACUUGGCUGCGGCACGCACCUUCCAAAAGCUGCAGGACACCAGCCAGCUGCACUGCAGCGAGCACCUGAUGAUGGCGCUGGGCAGGUGCCUCUACUACCACGGCAAUUACUCCGAGGCGGAGCAGAUGUUCUCGGCCACGAUCAGGGCCAAUCCGGAUAAUGUGGAGGCCAUCGGCCUGUUGGCCGUCGUUCGCUCUAGCCUGGAGGAUCGGAGCAGUAGCAACACCACGGACAUGGAUCGCCUUUACGCCCAGGUGACUUCCGAGCCCAAGUAUUCGGCGGAGCAUUGGUUCGUCCACGCCCAGUCCAUGUUCGAUUCGGGCAAGUUUGAGCGGGGCUUGAGCUUUGUGGAUCAAUGCCUGGCAUCGAAGCCUCGCCACCAGGAGGCUCUGAUCCUGCGCCCCCGACUGCUCGCCUCCUUGGGGCGGCAGGAGGAGGCGGCGGUGGCCUUUCGGAUGGCCCAAGCUAUCGUGCCCUAUCGAUUCGAAGUUUUCCGGGGUCUCUUUCAGUGCUAUUUGGACCAGAAGCGAUUUAAGGAGGCUCAUGCCGUAAGCAACUGGACGCUACAAACUUUCCCAAACUCGCCCAGAAGCCUAACGAUGUUUGGUCGUACUCUCUUCAACACGCCCAAUCCGUUGGUUAAAAAGAGCGCUCGCAAGUUUGCCCAGAAGUCCCUGAAGAUCGAUCCGAACUACUCGCCAGCGGUGGUUUUAAUGGCCGAUAUCUGUCAGUUCGAAGGUGCACCAGAAGACUCUAUUAAGCUGCUGGAGGACCACGUCUCCCGCUUUCCGCAGACCGAUCUGUUCACGCGUCUCGGCGAUAUUCUGCGUUGUCAAUUGCAACCCAUCAAGGCUUUGGAAUACUACUACAAGGCGUUGGGAAGGGAUCCCAAGUGCGAGCUUGCUUUGGAAGGGAUAAGUUUACUGAGAUACUGCCCCCCGUCCUCCCUUUUAGAGGAAGAUGGCACUACUAAGGUGGAUCCCCAGCCGACUACCCCUCAAUCCAAGAGUCUGGAGUGUGUGGAUAGUGAUUUUUUAAAGCACACCGUCCUCUCUUCGAAGGACUCUUUGAAUGGUCGAGAGGCAUCCUCAUCACCGGCAGCCAGGUCAGGUCAAGAUGGCGACGGCGAUGGAGCUGUUUGGCACGAUGUUGAUACGGAUAUCAAUUAUGAUGGUCAUUGAGUAGGGCCACUUGAGUCGAAGAUCUCUUAAGUUUUUAUUUAUGUCAAUUGUUCUAAUAAGCAAUCAAGUUUGUUACUAAAUUAUGAAGUGUAGUUUAAGUAUUAUUUGCCUUUUGUUUGAAAAGAAUGUUAUGUCGAGGUACAAUAAAUAUGAAUACUGCAAAA